AUGGAUUGUUGUUACUCCAAUGAUUGCGAACAAUUUUCGACCACACCGAUUCUUUUCACGCCUUGUACUCCAGUAAAAUUUUGUGAAAGUACACCUGUAUGUAUACCCUGUGUGCCAACUUGUAACCAACAGCAAAUAAUUUACUGUUGUGAGAAACCACAGCAAAGUCUGCCGCGGCUAAAAAAAGUAUAUAAUGAUAGUCAUUGCGACGAUUGCGAUCCGUGUCAUCUACAGAGUACUCAAAAACCUCGAUCUCAGCAUAAGCGAUGUUUCGAUAGUCAUUCGCAGGAAUAUUGCCCAACCUGUCAUCAACCUACUGAUACCCCAGUGAAAACAAAAUAUAUUAUGCCAUGUUAUCGAUAUGAAGACGGUCGAAUCAUUAAUCAACCUAACUCCUUUACAAAACAUGCUUGCGAAGUGGCGUGCAGUUUAAGGCCAAACCAAAAAGUGGUUUCGAAGCCGCUUUUUUGUCACCCUUGUGAAUAA